GCGGAGCCGCGGAGCCGGCGGGCGGGAGGACGGGCGCGCGGACAGCCUAGUCGACCAUGGCUGACCAGCGACAGCGCUCACUCUCUACCUCUGGGGAGUCGCUGUACCAUGUUCUCGGGCUGGACAAAAACGCGACCUCCGACGACAUUAAAAAGUCCUACCGGAAACUGGCCUUGAAAUAUCACCCUGACAAGAACCCUGAUAACCCGGAGGCCGCAGACAAGUUCAAGGAGAUCAACAACGCGCACGCCAUCCUCACAGACGCCACGAAGAGAAACAUCUACGACAAGUACGGCUCGCUGGGGCUCUACGUGGCCGAACAGUUUGGGGAGGAAAACGUGAACACCUACUUCGUGCUGUCCAGUUGGUGGGCCAAGGCCCUGUUCGUCUUCUGCGGGCUCCUCACCUGCUGCUACUGCUGCUGCUGCCUGUGCUGCUGCUUCAACUGCUGCUGUGGGAAGUGCCGGCCCAGGGCGCCCGAGGGCGAGGAGGCCGACUUCUACGUGUCCCCUGAGGAUCUGGAGGCCCAGCUGCAGUCGGACGAGCGGGAGGCCGCAGGCACGCCGAUCGUCAUACAGCCAGCGUCCGCCACAGAGACCACCCAGCUCACGGCCGACGCCCACCCCAGCUACCACACCGACGGGUUCAAUUAAAUUCAGGAGAAGCUGUGAUUCGCGGAUCAGUCAGCACUCAGCCACUUCUACCCUAGAAUCAUGAACUGUAGUCACGGAGGCGGGAGGCUCUGGCCACGGGGAGGGCCCUCCCGCCUCUGCCCCCCGCUCGCCAACCCCCCGUGGAGUGCGUAGCAUGCAGUGUUUAAAGCAGUUCAGCUACGGUCGCCGUCUUCUGUUCCUUCCUUUUCUAAUAGCAUGUGUGGGUUCUGUUCCCUGUCUGUCUGUGCUGUGGGCGUGCUGCGGUGUAGCCACGUUCACCCACGGCAGUGCCGCCUGGGGUGCAGUCAGGUCUCUGCAGUGAGCUGGCCACCGUGCGGUGUCCCCAGCAGGCAGGAGGGGCCAGGGCAGGUGCUGCCUGCGGAGCCGUGGGGUCUGGUCCAGCAGGGUGGCCACAGGCAGGGCCUCUGGACUUACCUGGGCACGUUCCUCUCAGCCACCGCUGUGCCCUGUGGUGUUGGUGGCAGGGACAGUCAGCGCAGGGUCUGUUCGCCUGUCUGCGCCGCCUUGUGGCGGGGCUUUUCCCGAGGGGAGUGUUGUGGGGCUGGGAGGCUCCUGAUCCUGGGCCCACCUUCCCUGCCUGAGUCCCCUGUGCCAUGAGCUGCGUUGAUGGCCACAUCCGGCAGGCUCCCCCCUUUCUUCUCUGCACCACCCUCCAUGUUCCGCCAGGCCCCACGGCCUCUUUGUAACUGUUCUUGGACAUGUAAGCGCCACGACGGCUGCAGCGGCCCAGCGAGGCCUCGUUGGGGAGAGUCCGGGCUGCUGGUGGCGCCUGGCUGCCAAGCCUCCUCUCUGCCUCCAGAGCCCCUGCCCAGCCUCUCCCUUCAGCUGCUCCCUAGCCAGAGCCCGACAUCAGGGCCCGGGAAGGGCCCGCUGGACCAAAGGCACACUCUGGCCUGGGAGGGUUGGGCCCCAGGGAGCCCUGGUGCCCUUUCCUUGUUGACCAGCAGCCAGACUGGGACCCUCACCAUAGUCCGGGCCGUUCCUUUUUGUGAGCUUCUGGCGGUGGCCCUCCUGUCUGUCCUAGGCUGGGUGGGCGGGGGGAGCGGGCAUGGGCGUGGCUGCCGAGCAGCAGGCUCCCACUGGCCCCACACACAGCUCUGCAGGGCAGACCCAGUAGCUGUGCCCCUGAAUUUCCGGGGGAGCAAAGGACUAGCUGGGGGCUGGGCCGAGUGGCUCCCUGACUUUGACCAGCCAGAAUGUGUUCCUGAAGCCACUGUUGUCCCCACUGCCCUUGCUGCCCACCAGGGUCACGCUGGCUGGGAGGGCCAACAGUGUCAGGCGAGAGCUGGUGCGUGGGGGCCCAGCCGCUCCGCAGGACCCUCAGUGCCAGGUCCCUCCUUGCUGGCCCUCGGCAGGCAGCCCGGGGCCUGGCCACUAUUUGGCCCCGUUUUGAUUGUUGUGCUCAUUGUGAUCAUGAAGAUGUUGGGUGAGAGGGCAUCUCUGCACUGUGAUGUCAAAUUAGAAGUAAUCUCCUAAGGAUAAAAAGCCCAUUGUUUGACCCACCCUGGCGGGGGAGGGUGGAGCAGCCUGAGCUGCAGGCUGCCAUCCACCUUGAGACGCUUCUGCAAGUAACAGGAAAUGAGCUUACUUUUCCCCAGAAUGACCAAGAGCCCAGUUAAUCUUCGUCCGUCCAGGCCCUCACACGCAUCACAGUGCGUCUGCCAGUUAGAGUCUUGUUGAGUUUUUUCCAGAGACGGGAAUGUCCUUGGGGCCAAGGUGGCAGACGGGCAGGUCUCGGGGGUGAGAACUGGGUCGGUCAUGACGGUGACGACAGUGCCUGUGCCCGACCCCGCGGCAGGACUGCGUUCAGGUCCUCGUGGUGAUUCAGGGCAGGUACCUGGUGCGUUUCCCUUGCGUGGCCUGUUUCCCUGGUGAGCAGGGCUGUUCAGUCUGGAGAGGCACCUUGUUCAUGUGCGAAGUGGGGCGGCCCUGCACCUCACCCCAGGGCCACCCAGAGGGCCGCGUGCCAGUGCCUAUGGCCCAGCAGUGUUGGGUCUGUGCACAGGGCGCCUGUCAGCUUCGCAAGGGCAGGACCGGCCAGAUGGACGGCCUGUGGCCUGCAAGAAAUGUGCACCAGGCACGGUGGGCAUCUGAUGGCAGCUGCUGGUGUGUCGGUUUCUGUUUCGCCCAGUGAUGUGUUUUGUCUCGUCUUCCUUUUGGCUCUAUUCUCGUUUCAAACUGCUUUAGAUAUUACCGCUCAGUGUGUGAGCCUCCCUAGCUGUCUGGUUGGUCAGCGCAGCCCGCACCCACCGGGACCUGCUAGAGGGGAAAGCCCGAGCGUGGCUGUGGUGGGGCAGGGUGUCUCCGCGCUGUCGGCCACUGGGCUCCUGGGCUCCUGCUCGGGACAGGCCCUGCCAGGACCAUUCUCCAUGUUCCAGCUUGGCUGGUCUGUGCCAGAUGAGUUGGGUCUGGGGAGUACACUGGUGCUGCUGCCAUUCUGGGGAGACACUCGGCCUCCCCAGUACUGGGGUGGGUGGUCUGCACUUCCUGGACUCUCAGCAGGUCUUCCCAGGGCGGUUGUGACGGCCGUGAACCAAGUGACUGAUCUCAUUCCUUUCUCGUGUUCGGAGCUGUGAGCCCGUGUGACACGGGACUGACCUGUCUGUUUUGUUACUUUGGUUGUGAAUCUCCCUCCUGUGGAAUUGGCAAGAGCUGCGUUUUCAUAGUCCUGACCAGCACGGCGGCGCUGUCUGCCGCAGGUGUGGCAGCGGGGUGUCUCCGUGUGUACAUAUGUGCAUAUGUAUAUAUCACAGCAGACGGGACGCUGUUUGGCAGCAAAGCAGCGAGUACAAUAAAAGUUGGCUCCAAAAUGGCCUCUGUUUCUUGGCGAGUUGGGGUAGGAGGAGGGUCCUGAGAGUUCUGCUGGGUGCGCAGGAGACGCCAUGGACGCUGCCGUGUACCCAGUGUCAGAGUGAAGGCCAGGUGUGCACCUGCGCCCACUGCAGUGGCCAUUGUCAGCUUCUCCAGGGCAGGGUGCCCAUCCCUGGGGCCUCUUGUCACCGUCACCUGAACCACGGGUGAGUGUCCCCAUAUGACAUCUGGGAGGUGGUAGAAACCCUUUUUACUUUGGAAAAUUUAAAACCAAUUUUCUAAGCUUCAGAUGCAAUCAGUCAGUGACCAAGCUGCAUUCUCAACAGUCUUGGGACCACAGAUCAGCCUGGGAGGGGUUUUGGGAGGAGCAGGGCCAGGCUGCUGUGCUCCGGAGGGUGGGCCUGGGCCUGGGGGGCUGGCAGAUGGUUACCUGGAAACGGACUCCUGCUGCCUGCUGAGUGAGGGAGGCAGUUGCACUGAGACAUGUUUACGUUGUUUUGAACUAAGUGCAGAGCAGGGAAACAGCGCCCCUGCUGGUGUGUCCUGUGCGGAGCCGGCGGAGCGGGCUGCCUCGGCUGACUCCCACCGCACACCUGAGGGCCAGGCGGGAGGGUUAGGAUGGCUUCCCACGGUGACCUCCAUCUUGUAUGUCUGAAUGUUGACUUAAAAUAAAGAUAACUGUUGUAAAAUAAAUGUU